CCGCCGCCCACCCGCCGCACAUGCGCGGCCGGCCGCCGUAGGAAUGGCCGCCGCUGGAAGGCGCGCGGCCGCCGCCCUGGCUCUGCUCGGGCACGGCGCGCGGGCGCAGGUGUACAAGCUGCAGGAUGUGGCCAUGCCCAUGGGCAUGAGCUAUUCGCUGGAGGUGCUGUACACCUUCUACGUCUUCAGUCACGACGACUCCCCCGAGCCGACGCUGCCCGACAUCCCGUACGUGAGGAUGAACCUGUGGACGAACACCACGGGCGCGGGCGAGGGCUGCCAGCCCUCGGGCUUCUCGGGCGUCCAGAUGAGCCUCUUGCCGCGGAGGCAGUUCUGGAAGCUCGUCGACCCGCAGAAGUUCUGCGACACGCAGACGAAGCGGCUGUCACUGCUGACGGACAAGGCCGACCCUGGCGUGUGGCAGGGCGUCACGCACGACGCCGUGGGCCAGGCCGGCUCCGACGCGAGGACCACGCUGCCCGAGACCGGGGCGUAUUAUUUGGUGCUCUCGAACUGUGGCACGUGCAUGGACCAGAAGAUCUCUGGCGAGGUCGAGCUCAGGAACACGCACGGCUACCUCCCGGCCAACGAGUACUACAAGAAGCAGUUCUACGAGCUGCUGCUGGUCGCCUUCGCAGUCACGGUGGUCCUGUGGGCUGCGCAGCUGGCGAGAUGGCGCGCCCACGUCCACGCCAUCCACCACUGCAUCACCGUGGUGCUGGCGUGCGCGGUGGCUGAGGCGCUCUUGCAGCGGAUGCUGCUGACCUCGUGGAACUUCGAAGGAAGCUUCGCGCCCUGGAUGAUGUGCGGCGCCAACCUCGCCUCGGUCCUGAAGACGGGCUUCUGCUACACGAUAGUGUGCUACAUCUCCCAGGGCUGGGGCGUGACCCAGGAGUCGCUCGCGACCGUCAGUCGGGUCAAGAUAGAGGUGUUCGCCUGCAUCUAUCCAGCUGGUACAUGUUCGAGGGGAUGCUCGCCUUCCGGCACACCCACCACCUCUCCUCGAGUUUUGUGCUGA